ACGAUCGAGACGGGCCGUUUGGAUCCUUCUUCAAAAAAGGCAUAAAAGGAUUGAGAUAUACCUUUGACAGCUAUGACGAAGUCAACUACACGCCUAAACAUACAUAUAGGGUUAACUCAAUAUUUGCUUCAAAUAGUUCGAGUAUGGCAGAGCAGUGGAGGCGUGUUUGUACCGAAGACUGCAACUGCUGGCACUCGACACGCCUGAAAAAAUCGACGAUUCGUAUUUUGACAUGAGGAUGAAGGGAUAUGGAGUGGGGGAUUUUUUGUGGACGAGUGCAGCGCCGUGUUCGAAAAGCGAUCCGUUGAACAAUGCCACGAAUUCCUGCUCGAGCGUCACCUGGUGUCCAAACAAUGUGGAAACUCGACUAAACUACACGUUGAAUUUGGGAAACUUUCCUCUGCCCUACUGCCUGAUUUACAGAAGGUCGACCCAGACACUCGUACCAAUGGAUUGCUCCUUUGAAGCUCAUUUUACGUGCGAGUCGCCAUGCUGGAGGCCUAUUUUCCCGUCGCAGAAUGAGUGCCUAAAGGAAGAGUCCAUGUUUGAAGUAAUUGGCGGGAACACGUAUCUCAAAAAAGAUCAUGAGAUCCGCGGCACGUGGGAGAAAACCGAUUUCGGCUUUUAUUUCCUUGGAAGGAAAUUGGUUAAUUGGAAGGAGAAUUGGAUGACGUGCUGCAGUCUGGGCCUCAAACCUAUAGCUGUGACUGACUCUCUUUGGAAACAUUAUGACAGUAGAGCAUCACCGGACUUCAACCCACAGAGCGCUUCCCUCAACCCAAAAUCAGAAUUAUUUAGUGUGGUUUGCUGGUCGGCCUUAACUCGAUUUGGGUGUCCACUUCACUUCGAAAACUUCCUCCACAACGCAUCGGAAACGAUCGGCGAACAUAUAAAUAUCCUUGGGAUCCGAAAAGGAGGCUCUUGCGUGGCCGUUUCGAUCCGAGAAAAAUGGAAAGGAAAGUAUAAAGACACGACUCUGACGGUGAAAACCACCCUCUGCGACUCGAAACUGCUGUUGGGCUGCCAAGGAACGGAAAAGACCUUCGAAAUCAGAGAUGAUGAAAGCAACUGCGAUCUGCCAGAGUGCACAGGGCUACCCGAUUGCGUUAUGAAAGAUGAAUGGUUCCUGAAGCAACCCUUCCGAGUCCUGCUUUCACCCUGGCGUUUCGGGAAUUGGCAUUCAUGUUGCGACAACAACAUCCUUAAGCUGCAAAAUGAAUAUGGCACUUGGGACGAGGCGUACAAACGGUGCUGCUCCCUUGGAAUGGACCUCCUUUCUGUCCACAAUCCGGCCAAGCAAUACUGCUUGGGCAAUCCUUACAGUUAAACGUUUUUAAAAAUUCUUUUCAGAUACUAAUACAAAAAAUCAG